CUCAUUAUUGCGAUUCAUAUUUUGGGGGCGAUUUACGGUAAUCUGAAUUUAGUCUGUGCAACUUUUGAAGGAAUUUCGUCAUGACUUGAAAUGUGAUAUUUCCGGCCGUGAGAACCUAUCUGGUUUGAUGCCAGCGUUGAAUGUUUUACAGGAUGAGCGAAACCAAAUACUGACGGCCUAUUUGUGGAUCCGACAAGCGUGGCUCGACGCACAUCUCAAAUGGAGUAAGGAUGACUACGAUGGCCUCGAUACCAUCCGUAUACCUAGCAGUUAUGUAUGGAGACCCGAUGUAGUCCUAUAUAACAAUGCCGAUGACCACUUUACUGGCCCCAUGGACACCAACGUGGUGAUCCGCCACGACGGCCAAAUCAUGUGGGACUCGCCGGCGAUCACCAAGAGCUCCUGCAAGGUGGACGUGUCCUUCUUCCCCUUCGAUGCGCAGCAGUGCAGGUUGACCUACGGCUCGUGGACCUACAACGGCAACCAGCUGGACAUCCUUAAUGCCAUGGAGAGCGCUGACCUGGCUGACCUGGUGGACAACGUGGAGUGGGAAGUCCUUGGCAUGCCAGCCAAAAGAAAUGUCAUUUUGUACGGCUGCUGCGCCGACCCUUACCCCGACGUCACCUACACCCUGAAACUCAAGAGGAGGGCGUCCUUCUACGUCUUCAACCUGCUGAUACCGUGCGUGAUGAUCUCGUUCCUGGCUCCGCUGGGCUUCUACCUGCCUGCCGACUCUGGAGAAAAAGUGUCCUUGGGCGUCACCGUGAUGCUGGCGCUGACUGUCUUUCAGCUGCUCGUUGCAGAGAUCAUGCCGCCAUCGGAGAAUGUACCGCUCAUCGGAAGGUACUACAUCGCCACCAUGACCAUGAUCACCGCCUCCACUGCAUUAACCAUUUUCAUCAUGAACAUCCACCACUGCGGCCCGGACGCCAAACCUGUGCCCAAGUGGGCCAAGAAGGUCAUCCUGCAGUACAUGGCCAGAAUGUGCUUCGUUUACGAGGUCGGGGAAAACUGCAUGUCUCCCCAGUCCGAGAAGCGGGAGCCUCCACUGGUGAAGAACCGCGACACGAAUGGCCUGCCAGGGACCCGCGGGGAGGAUCGGACCUUCGGGAUGGAAGCGGUUCGCCCCGUGACCACAGAGGGAAGUGAAGACUUGGAGGAGUCGAUGGAGAGGAAUCCCAGCAAUCGCUACACCUCCUGGAAGAACGGCGCCUGCGUCAGCGCGGACUACGAAGACUCAAGCAGCGCGAGGAGAUGCCGAAAAGCCGGCGUGAGCGACGGGGAUGGGUACCACCGGGCCCCCUGCGACGAGAGCCUUCUGCUGGUGCCGAACGUGGAGUACAUCGCCAACUGCUACAGGGAGCAGAAGGCCACUCAGAAGAGAAGCGGCGAAUGGAAGAAGGUGGCCAAGGUGCUGGAUUGCUUCUUCAUGUGGUUGUUCUUCAUCAUGGUCUUCUUCAUGAGUCUUCUCAUCAUGGGCAAAGCCAUCUAACACCGCGCUCGUUCUUCUAGCGGAGUCAUGCUCGAUGGCAGUGUUUUACAGAACUGUUUUGUCUGCUGGCCUAAACACGAUCAGAAGCACUGGCCUACAUUCACAACCUAAAUUCUCAUAUUUGUUCCAUGCAACAGUCUACUCUCUUAUUUAGUAGGGUUCCUCGUGUGUGAGAUCUUGUCCAAUCAGCCUUUUGUCAAUCUAAUCUGCCCGGGGGUCUUCAGACUCAGCGAUGCCGGCCAAUUUGACUUGGGACCGUUUCUUUUAACCAGUCAGAUUUGAAAUUCGCCUCAUAAGUUGAACUUGUAAGUUCCAAUAGUUCCAGUAUUGUUGCAUAGCAUUUUUGUAACAUAUUGCUGGUUUCUAGGUGACAGCGGUGGUAUAAAGAGGUGGACUAAGUUGGGUAAGAAACCAUGAAAGGCCCAGGUACCAAGCGCACGGCAUGUACCGGGGGGAUUUUGUUUGUUUGUUUGUUUGUUUGUUUAACAAUAAAUGCACACAUAUUCCCCUGAUUUGGAGGACAAUUCAAGAAGAAUUGCUUCCACUCGACCCCAAAAUGACCUUCAAUUGGUUCGUUAUACAUAUAUGACAUCCCUUAAACAUUUAAGAUGUUUUGGCCGCAUUAAUUUAGUGCAAACAUUAAGAGGACCACGCCCUAUCUGGCAGAAAUGAGUAGAAGGUUUUCUGUUGACCUUUUACCUUUGCGCAGACAGAUGUGGCCUUUGGUCCUCCUCCUGUUCGAUCACCU